UCGCUCCUUCCUCAGUUCCUCUGUAGACGAGCUGUCUCUUCCCAUUCGCCUCCCAGCCCAGACGCAAAAACCCCAACCAUGCCCAAGCCGCGCCCUGGCACCGCCUUCCCCACCGCCGCCGCCAUCGCCGCCCAGGGGCUCAGGGUCGAUCAGGUCGACCCCGACCUCCUCAAGUUCCUCCAGCACGUCCGCCACGACGGCAAUGUGUACGCCUUCGAGCUCCCUGCCCGCGGCGGCUCCCCUCCCGUCACCGCCAAGAACGACCCGGAGACGCCCGCCGCCAAUGGCGCGGCCCGAAGCUCCCUCGCCCCCUCCUCGGCCCGGUCAGGAAGGGGCCGCCGGGCGGAGCAGGAGAUCCCGCCCGCGGACGGCCCCCCGUGGUACGAGACCGCGGACAUGGACGAGGACUACCGCAAGUUCUUGAGGCAAACGCGCACAGUUGACGGCCGGCUGGUGCUCCAGGCAGAAGAAGGCAAGGUCGUCCGCUAUGGGCUGGACGCCGUGCCGGUUCGGCUCAGCGACAUAGCUGAUUGGGCGGAGAAGAGCGGUUGGUGGAAGGAAGCGCCCGCCGUUGCUGCUUCUGGGGAGGAUGGCGACGGCGUCGAGGUUGAGGAGGAGGACAAGGUGGCGCCGAUGAUGGUGUCUCCUGUGCGCGAUUCCCCUCCGCGUUGGCAAAAAAAGGGAUGUGUUGUAUCUGGGCAGAAGGUGGAACAGGGUCAGAAGGAGAAGGGUGGCUCUGAGAAGAUCAAUUUGGUGAACAGAGAAGAUAACAUGCUGAGCGUUGUGCCCGUGGAAAAGCUGAAUACCGUGUACACAGUGACAAACUUAAGUAAUGGGCAUGAGGCUGAUCCUCACAUGGCUGCGGGAUUUUAUGGUGUUGUAUGGCCUACACAUAUCAUGGAGAGGCCAGAAUCAUCCUUCAAGAAAAAGUUGCUGAGUGUUCUCAGAAAACUAUGUUGCCCGGAAGAAUACAAGAACCUGCUUGCUGCUGCUAGUAAUCGCCUUCCGGCAACAAAGAGAAGGCAGACGCGCAGAGGUGUGAAGUACUACAACUCUCCACAUGAAACGAAUCAAUCAUAUUUUGAUUCUCACCCAGAUUUUGCGAAACAAGUAGCAAGCACCAGCUAUACCAAUCAGUUAGCUCUGUUGCGUGGAUUUUUCUUCUGGUUGGAGAACGUUACGGAUGAUGACCAAUUCAGGCCAUGGAAUGAUGAUUUCAGACAGUACUCAAUUAUUCCUCGUGAAUGAGUUUACCCACAGAACAGCAGAAGAAUGGUUCUUUCUGGAUUAGAGAAACUGAGGUUCUCCACUGUCCAGUCUAGGUUUCAUCUCAACUUGGGGCAUCCUCAUUCAGCUUUGAAGUGUUAAUUUUCCCUUUUCGAAUUGGUUUGGUCUGCAGAGUCUGUUAUGCUGGUCCCUAUCCUUAUUGUGUCAGCAAACUCAGAGAACUGACGAUACUAGUUAUAUAUGGAAGGUUUAUGGACGACAAGAUGUUGUCAACAGUAAA